UCUCAAAACCAAGCAGGCGGGAAGAGACAGCGGCGGAGUUUUCAGAUAAAGAUUUGAAUUUGAAGUUUGAACGUCGCCCCCCUCCCCUCCCUCAUUCUUUAUUUUUUCAAAACGGUAACCCAAUCCAAUCAGACACACCACACACAAAUCGCGGAAACCCUCUUUCCAUACUGAGUGACCUCACCUCACUCUCUACCUACUGCUACCUCUACCUCAUAAACCUACAAAUUUUUUCCCUAUACGUAUACCAUUACACUCAUAUACCCAAAUCGUUCAUCUUCCCCAGAUUCAAGAAUCCGGGUCCAAAAGAAGAAAUAAGUUUUUCUUCUUUUGGGUUUGGGGCAAUUCUUGAGUUUUUUUCUCUGUUAUUCGUCAAGGAUUUCAACGGUCGGUGUAGCAGGAGUGGAGGGCGGGUUCAAAGAACAGAGCACAGGGAAGGCCAGAGGUUCAUUUUGUCUGCAAAAGGUGAGCAAUGGGAAGGAGUCUUAGUCCAAUACUUAGGAGGGAGCUGGAGAAUCUGGACAAGGAUGCUGAUAGUAGGAAAUCAGCAAUGAAAGCAUUGAAAUCAUAUGUGAAAGAGUUGGAUUCCAAGGCAAUUCCUCUUUUUCUUGCUCAGGUUUCUGAGACCAAGGAGGCUGGUGCAUCAUCUGGUGAAUAUACUAUAUCACUCUAUGAGGUUCUUGCUCGGGUCCAUGGACCGAAAAUUGUACCUCAGAUAGAUAACAUAAUGUCCACCAUCAUCAAGACCUUGACAUCUAGUGCAGGCUCCUUUCCUCUUCACCAAGCUUGCUCAAAAGUUGUUCCAGCUAUUGCAAGGUACGGGAUGGAUCCUACAACGCCAGAGGAGAAGAAGAGGUUCAUCAUUCACUCCCUUGCUAAGCCACUUUCAGAUUGCCUUUUGGGUAGUCAGGAGAGCCUAUCUUCUGGGGCUGCCCUAUGCCUGAAGGCUCUUGUAGACUCUGAUAAUUGGCGGGUUGCUUCAAAUGAGAUGGUGAAUGAGGUCUGUCAGUGUGUUACUGGGGCCUUGGAGAAGCAUUCACAGACCAAUAACCACAUGGCCUUGGUCACUUCCUUGGCUAAACACAAUAGCUUGAUUGUUGAAGCUUAUGCAAGAUUGUUGAUACAAUCUGGAUUGAGCAUUUUGGGAUGUGUAAACGGAGAAGGAAAUUCUCAGAAACGUUUGUCUGCUGUUCAUAUGGUUAAUUCCCUGAUGAGGUAUCUGGAUCCCAGAAGCAUAUUGUCUGAGAUGAAAAUAGUGAUCGAGGAGAUGGAAAUAUGCCAGUCUGACAAGAUGCCUUAUGUUAGAGGGGCUGCAUUUGAGGCACUGCAAAUGGCUAAAAGAAUUUGCUCUGAGAAAGGCAUAAAACUCGAGAAUGAUGUGGAUUCAGUCACUGGCUCCAAUUUCGACAGUAGAGGGUAUACCAGGAGAAAUAUGUUUGAUUCACCUUUAACUGCAUCACCCGAAUCUCAAACCGUUGAUUCAUUUCAAGGGUUUAAUUCCUUCCUUGACUCACCACUUUCAACCAAUCAAACCUCUCGGUAUCUGAGUGAUGGUCGAAGGAGUGUGAACAGGAAACUUUGGAAAAGGCAUGAAAAUGGUUUAGAUGUGUCUCUUAAAGACGGCAUCUUUUCUGAAGUUACAAGUAGAAGUGGCAUCCAGAACUCUGUGCAUGAUGAGUUUACUAAUAACGGUGAAGAUUAUAGAGACAGAUUUGCAGGGUUUUUCCCAGGAAGCGGGCGAAAUGGGUUUGUAAGGAGUGCAACUCCAAGUCCUCAGAGGUCUCGCUCUCAUGUUACCCCUGACAAUGUAGCCAUCUUCUCAACUCCAAGAAAACUCAUCCAUUCACUCCAGGAUGUACACAACAACAGCCCAGAUUUCUCUGAAAAGAAAACCCGAAGAUACAGGAGCCUUUCUGCAUGUGAAUUCGAUUGGAGUCCAGCGAGGUACAGAGAAAGCAGCCUACUCAAUGGCAAGACCAUGAACAACGGGGACGAGAAGUUUUCUGAUGAAAGCGAGCAACUUAAUCAUCAAACCUCAGAGUCGGUAUCUUCUGCAGAAGGCGUGUCUGCUGAUACUGAACUUGAAGGCAUCAGAAACAACACCCGGGAGACAGUAAAGUCUAGAGGUUUCUGUCUUAAACACCCCCAGAAAUUUAUGUGCAGAACGAUUUGCUGUCUCUUAAUUGUUGUGCUGGCGGUUUUCAUGUUCUUGUGGAAUGACAGUCAAGGCCAAGGAUACAACCUUGUUCCUACCUAAGUAUGAUGUGGUAUCUGCAAGGCUUAGAAUUUAACUACUAAUAGGUAGUAGUACUGUAGUAGUAGUUAAAUGAAGUGUGUAUCUUUCUUUCUGUUUCAAGAUUUCUACAUAAUUAGAGGUAGAAUCUGAUGUAUACUUGGUUAGAACCUGGCAAUUGUUAUGUUCAUUGAGAAAUGUAUGAUUAUCAUGAUCUGUUGUUUCUUCA